AUUUUCAAGGAGGCAUCUCACUCCUGCGGACUUGCAGCUACCGAGGAUCGACACUCUGAAGACAUCCCAUUUUGGAAUAAGAUUUUCUUUUCUUCAUUCUCUCGUCGGUGUCUUGGGGUUUUUUGUACCUCCCCAAACUGUUAUGUGACUUUUUUCCUCAAUAGCAUUGCUCGUUUUUAAUCGACGAAUAUUUCAACGAAGUCCUUUACAAACUCUGCGCACAGCCGAUGAUGACAUCCAAAGAAGUGGCCAAAUGUGAUGCAGUGGAGAACAGGAGGCGAAGUCCGCUGGACCACUUGCCGCCUCCUGCCAACUCCAACAAGCCGCUCACCCCCUUCAGCAUCGAGGAUAUCCUGAACAAACCGUCUGUGAAACGAAGUUACACAAUUUGCGGAACAGCUCAUCUAAUUUCGUCCUCUGAAAAGCACCGUCCGUCCAGCAUUCCUCUGUCCAGCCGGGCUCUCCUCACCCAAACCUCCCCGCUCUGCGCGUUAGAGGAGCUGGCCAGCAAGACCUUCAAGGGACUGGAAGUCAGCGUUUUACAGGCUGCAGAAGGCCGGGACGGGAUGACUCUGUUCGGCCAGAGAAGCACUCCCAAGAAGCGUCGGAAGUCUCGGACGGCGUUCACCAAUCACCAAAUCUACGAGCUGGAGAAGCGCUUCCUGUACCAGAAGUACCUGUCCCCGGCCGACCGGGACCAGAUCGCGCAGCAGCUGGGCCUGACGAAUGCGCAGGUCAUCACGUGGUUUCAGAACCGGAGGGCCAAGCUAAAACGGGACCUGGAGGAGAUGAAGGCCGACGUGGAGUCGGCCAAGGCCAUCGGCCAGGUCCCCUUGGAGAAGCUCGCCAAGCUGGCGGACCUGGAGAAAUGCGCCAACGGCACGCUGGGCCACCCGCGAGCCCAUUCCCCCACGCGGGGCGGCAAACAGGCGCUCGAGCUCGUUCAGAAACUGCGGAACUCGCCGCUGUCUCCGUUCUCAGACCACACAACUAGUAAAGAGUGCUCAGAGGACGAGGACGAGGACGUGGAGAUUGAUGUUGAUGACUGAUGGCGCAGCGUGGGCUCGAAGGUCGAGAAACACAAAAAGACGAUAAAAAAAUUCCUACCGAGGACUUGUAACUUACUGCUUAUAUUGUAUACCAUAUCUCAGAACAUGUACCAAAAUGUAAUGACUUUUAUAUCGACACAAAUAGACCUAUUCAUAGUGAAGCAUGAACACCGAACAAGAAAUAUGCAGUGGUAUUUUACAAUGUAUUCAUUAGAAAACUGUUACUUCUUGCAAUCAAAGCAAUAUGGUCUAUAAUGACAUGAGUAACUUAUUAUUUUUGUACACUAUAGGCCAACACACACACACACACACACACACACACACAGACACACACACACACACCUGUUCUGUCGCUUUUGCUAUAAGGCCUAAACCCUCACACACCACAAUGAAAGUGCUCCAGUUUGUCAUAUGUUUUGCAUGUAAAUGCAUGAUUUGAUUUGUGAUCAUUAUCUAUUUAUUUUUACUAUUUUUUUAAUUUAAUUGUUUAUGUGUUUUCUGUGAGCCAAAUCGCAAUUGAGUCACUUUUUCACUGCCGGCUCUUCUCCUGCUCCUCAUCAUCUCACUGGACCCCUUGACUUCAGUUCAUAUUUGGCGUCCCGAUGCUGCAGUGCAUGAUGAUGAUGAUAAUCGGAAAGGCAAACUCGGACAUUCACAGUUAUGCGUUUUAUGGGAAUGCUCACGCGACGGCGAGAAACAAAAAAUUAUAUUGCGGUGAUUUUGACAAGCUAUAGGCUACUUUUUAGAUUUAUUGUUUGGAUACAAUAGAUUUACAGUUAUAAAUUUGUUAUGUUUUGUACACCUGUAAGUGCCUUUCUAAAAUCAGGACAUUAUUUGAAAAACCAAUGCACAGACUGUAAUGUAUAUAGGCUACUAUGGGAAUAAAAUGGCUUUUCUGAAUA